CCUUGUGACGCAAGAUGCGUGCAGCAAGCCAUAGUUAGUGGGAGGAUCACAGCUGCAUAUAUAGUAGUGAUCAAAGCCUUCUUAUCUUUCCUCUCACAGAUUCUAAGAUUGAAUCCCAAACAAAUGACUAUGAGCAGCAGGCGGACAUACGCAGUUGGGCCCGACCUACAAUGCUUGUCAUCAUCAGCAUCUCGUAUACAAUCAGAUUUUGCCCUUGAUGCCUACCUGUGCUCUAGUUCAGUUGCUAAACAUAUUAUGGACACCAUCUGUAUCCCGGCAGAUCCAACACAAGCCACCAUAACACAAACUUUGACCUGCGCUUCACAACUAUCGUCCCACCUGAAAUACUCCUCUGGUAUACAAGACCAAGGUGUCGAAAUUUUUUUUAUACAUCAACGAAAUACGUGGGCGUCUCUUGAUGUGAGCAAGGAGAUGAUCAUGCUUCUUCAGGACCAUUUUCACUUGAGACAUGAAUUCUUGCAGAUGUUAUCCUUCUUUCGCGACCGUGUCAAGCCAAAUGAAGAGGCUUUCUGUGGCGCAGCACGAUCAUUCUCGGUAGCUGAUCGUUCUCAUCUCACUUACGUUUACAAGUACCCUGAGAAGAAGGAAGUCAAGGCUGGAAAUCCGUGGCGGAUCAGACAAACAGGAAUUUAUCAUGUUUACGAUCAUCAUCGACCCUCCUCAACCUUCGUCAUCGUCAGCCCAAGCCCAAAUGCGCAGUUCAAGACUCAUCUUGAAGAUGUGUUGCGAGACCCUGAUAUCAGAUCCCGUAUUUUUUUGCAUCCAACAUUGAUCCAUGCAAUGUUGAUAGCAAGUCACCUUGGCACGUGGCGGAGGUAUCUCGAAUAUUACGAUGAAAAUAUCAUCGACGCUGAGUUGAGUAGCGCCGCCGCUAAUUUCGGGGAGUCAUCAGUCUGUUUCCAAACCCUGCAGCGUGUUCGCGCAGUGCGGAAGGAUAUCCUGAUAUCAGAGCCUCUUCUCAGUUCGACCAGCAACAUUCUCUCCGAGAUCAGCCAAUUUCAUAAGCAAGUAGAGUUGACACAAGGCGUAGGAAAAGACAAGAGUAUCAUUAUCGAAGCAAGCCUAAUAGAUUUCCAAAAGGAAGCCUUGUCUUACAAUCAACACUCCACGUACCUUACCAAAAGAGCUCAAUCCGUGGAACAGACAGUCGUUGAUAUGCUGGACUGGAACUUCCAAUUACUAGCUCAAGUUCAAACAAAACUUGCACGCGAAGAUUCGGUUGCAAUAAGAGCCCUCACUCUUGUCACUGCAUUCUACCUUCCAUUUUCAUUCGUUGCAACAAUGCUAGGCAUGAAUUUGCUGGAAUUCGACUCAGAAUCGCGCAAUCUAGUUGUAUCAAAGCAACUCUGGCUUUACUUCGUCAUUGCCAUUCCCUUGACAGCAUUGACGCUAGUCUGCUGGAAGUGGAACAUGCUUCAACACCCCAAAAGCUACAAACAUGGAAAUUUGGAAAAGAUGGAUUAUGCUUCAGACUUAGAGAUGGUGUAAAGUUUUGAACAGCAUUAGUCGUAUCCCCUGAACGACUACUUAGCAAGAAAUGCUA